GCGCCGACACUGGUCGUAAGCGUGUGCACUUCUAGUGAAAGUUCGUUCGUCCGUCGAGCGCCUCGUCUCAGAUCUGGCGGGCAACGGGCGCUGCAAAUCUCCGAUGCCGCUCGUCGAUUCCGCAAGCGCAGCAUAAGAUAUUGCGACAACUGGAAGCCAUGGCAGCAAGAAGAGCAGUGAAUCAAUCUCGACGCUUGCCUGACAGCGCAAGCAUUCCGCUUGUCAGCUCACUGCACCCAAAGUCACGGAGCACGCCAUUGUUAUCUGUAGGGCUGGUCCUCUUGGGUGCUUUUCUUCUCAUUGGUUACUCCUACAGCAGCUCUGGUGGAUUGGCCAGUGACAAGGAAGCAAUACACAAAGGUGAAGGUGCUUCCUGCACAUCAGAAGUUCAUCGGGCGAUACCUUUUCUGAAGAAGGCUUAUGGUCAAACCAUGCGCAAGGUUUUGCAUGUAGGGCCUGACACUUGUGCGGUUGUUUCUACAUUGUUAAAAGAAGAUGAUACUGAAGCUUGGGGUGUGGAACCAUAUGACUUGGAGGAUGCUGAUAGUAGUUGCAAGAGGCUUAUUCGUAAAGGAUUUGUGCGUUCAGCUGAUAUCAAAUUUUCUCUGCCAUAUAGGCCAAAGUCGUUUUCUGUUGUCAUUGUCUCAGAUGCAUUGGAUUACUUAUCUCCAAAAUACCUUAACAAGACACUUCCAGACCUGGCAAGAGUAUCAUCUGAUGGACUUGUUAUAUUUGCUGGAUAUCCAGGUCAGCAGAGAGCCAAGGUUUUGGAGCUUGCAAAAUUUGGAAAACCGGUUAAAUUGCGGAGUUCAUCCUGGUGGAUACGAUAUUUUGUUCAGACUGGCUUACAAGAGAAUGAAGCUGCCACGAAGAAGUUCGAGCAGGCUGCAAGCAAGAGCUCUUACAAACCGAGCUGCCAGAUUUUUCACCUCGUCUCAUAGAUGAUGGAUCGUUUCUGCUAUGCUGUGGACACUGCCAAAGUACUUUGUGCACUGUCAACUGUUGUAUUCAACAACUCGAAGUAUCACUGUACUAUUGGAGUUUUAGGAGCACCGUCUCCUCUGUGAGGUUUUAGAUUUCCGUUGGAUGUAAUUGUAUGACUUGGACUAGUUAAUUUAAGCCUAUGAGUUAAAUAAAACAUGUAUUUUGGUA